AUGGCAUUCCUGAGAAUUGUAAAAAAUAAAGCGUACUUUAGACGCUUCCAAGUCAAGUUUCGCCGCCGCAGGGAGGGGAAAACGGACUAUUACGCAAGGAAGAGACUGGUGGCACAGGACAAGAACAAGUAUGACUCGCCGAAGUACCGCCUGGUGGUGAGACUGACGAACAAAAGAGUGAUCUGUCAAAUAGUAUCGUCGACACUCGUGGGAGACAAGGUACACGCGUCUGCUGACUCAUCAGAACUGGUGCACUACGGAGUGAAAGUGGGUCUGACGAACUACGCAGCAGCCUACUGCACAGGACUGCUGCUGGCAAGAAGGCUGCUGACUAAGCUUAAGCUGGACUCGCAGUUCGUGGGCAAGGUGGAAGUGGACGGAGAGCUCUACCACGUGGAGGAAGAGGACAACGAAAGACGCCCGUUCAAGGCACUGCUGGACGUGGGAGUCAAAAACGUGACGACGGGAAACAGAGUGUUCGGAGCACUCAAGGGAGCAUGCGACGGAGGACUGCACGUGCCGCACUCAGAAAAAAGGUUCCCAGGCUACAGCGUGGACGAGGAAAAUAACGGAACCUACGACGCACAGGCGCACAGAGACAGAAUAUUCGGAGCGCACGUGGCCAGCUACAUGGAGUACCUGAAGGAGGAGGACCCGGAAAAGUACAAGAAGCAGUUCAGCGCAUACCUGAAGCUGGGCCUCGACAGCGAGUCUCUGGAGGACAUGUACGCAAAGGCGCACGAAAACAUAAGGAAAAACCCAGUGCUGCCGACGAAGCCGAAGAGGGAGGUGAAGCACGUGCGCGAGGGCAGCAGGAUCCUGACUGCCAAGGGCUCGUACGUGCGCAACGUGAAGACCACGAAGGCGCAGAAGAGAGAGCGCGUAAGACAGAAGGUAAGUUCGAAAUACGCAUAA